AUGCGCGCGAUCGGGACGACGUGCGCGGCCACCGCGCGCGCGCUUCGUCGCGCGUCGACGUCCGCGGACGUCGCGCGCGCCGAUCGCGCGCGCGAUCGACGCCCGAGACCGCGGGAUGGCGAUCGACGCGAACGUCAUCACCGUUGGACGUCGUCGACGGCGUACGGGGCGUCCACGCCGCCGCCGCGGUCGUGGGACGACGGCGCGCGACGGGACGAUGGACGCGCGCCGCCGCCGACGACGUUUGUGGAUUUUGGGGUGUACAAGACGCGAGGGGCGAUGAAGAUGAAGGCGGUGCGCCCGACGCUCGGGGCGCUGGGCGAAAACGCGGUGGUGCGACGCCCGGGCGGGGUCCUGUUGGAACUGGCGAACGCGACGGCGCCGAGAACGUACGAUUGGCAGAAUAAAGGGAGUUUCAUGCUGAGCGGGACGGAGGCGGCGGAGCUGGCGGAUCGCAUGGCGGCGAACGGGUCGUGCUCGUUUUUUCACGACUCGGCAAAGGCGAACGGCGGCGGCGGCGGGACGCUGGGAAAGGCGUUCAAGGUUGAACCCAUGCCGGAUGGCUCGGGGGGGAUGUUUGUGAAUCUCACGGUGACGCUCAGUGAGAAUCGCGGGCAACAACGGUUCAGCGUUCCGGUGAGUUACGGCGAGUCGGCGGCGAUUCGACAGUUGUUGGUCUACCUCGUCCCGCGCGUGUUGGGUUUCGACGAGGUCUUCAAGUGA